AUGGACCUUGGAGAUCAAGGUAACAAACGGCGUCCACAGAUACAGUUCAUGGACCUCCCUCUAGACAUCCACAUGGAAAUCGCUUCUUUCCUCAGCUAUCCGGACGCGCUGGCGCUCAAACACACCUGCCGAGGGCUCUACUACACUGUCUACACAGGCGUUGAUCUCAAAGUCGACUGGCUCGUUGAGCGCUUCGAGCACAAACUGGAAUGCCCCAUGGAGGAAUGCUCAUUUCGCACAGACGAGGUAUUUUGCAACUGGCGCAUUCGUCGCAUCAUGGAGCGCCGCCGGCGGCAUGAAGAGUGCCGUCGCAUCCCUGGCGGGUGCUGGGUUGUGGAGGGUCGGACGUGCAAGAAGGAUCUAAUGCCGUCAUGGCUGAAAUUGAAGGGCCAGAGUACUGAAGGGUUGUCUCGUCCCGCUUUUGCUGGGGCGCGUGAAGGUUCGUGA